AUGUCUCUCAAGCCCAUCACACUCCACGGCCAUGCCGGCGGCCCCAACCCUUGGAAGGUCAUCAUGGUCCUGGAGGAGCUUAACAUCCCCUACGUCCACAAGUUUGUCGAUUUCUCCGACAUGAAGAAGGAGCCUUUUGAGUCAAUCAACCCCAACGGCCGCGUUCCCGCAAUCGAGGACCCCAACACCGACAUCACCCUCUGGGAAUCCGGUGCUAUUGUCGAAUACCUGGUUGAAACCUACGACAAGGAAAACAAGAUCAGCUUCGCCCACGGCUCCAAGGAAUACUUCCAAGCCAAGCAGUGGCUGCACUUCCAGGUGUCCGGUCAGGGCCCCUACUUCGGCCAGGCAGUCUGGUUCACCCGCUACCACCCGGAGAAGAUCCAAAGCGCCGUUGACCGCUACGUCAACGAGAUCCGUCGUGUCUCGGGCGUCCUUGAGCGUGCCCUCCAGGGCAAGCAGUACCUGGUUGGCGACAAGUUCUCUUACGUUGAUGCGGCUUUCGUGCCUUGGUUCCUCAUUGCCCCCAUGUUUGAGAUUGACAUGGAGAAGGACUUCCCCACCACUGCUGCUUGGUUGAAGCGUGUGCAGGACCACCCUUCUGUUGCCAAGGCUGUUCAGGAUCGCGCUGAGGCCAUGGCCAAGCACCACUGA